CUGAGCAGUUCAGAUCGCCCAGGUUUCUCCAUAUCUUCAUAAUCCCAAACAUUCAUCUGACUCAGACAUGUCAUGCCAGAGAGAGUCCAGCUCUCUACCUUGGAGUCUGGCACACGGGCGUGUGGCUGUGUUGACUGAAACGUCUAAAUGAGGUUGAUAAAUGGUGUAAUUGCGUGUAUUAGAGGAGGCAGCUAGAGGGAUUGGGUGCAGCAAUUCUUGCCCAGAUGACGAGUGGACAGGGGCCAGAUGGAAGGGGAGGUCCCUCUACUGCUCUACUUUUCUGAGAUGAAUUCAGGGGGGUCCAAAGAAGAAGGAGAGAAUUAAAAAAAGAGGAGAGAAAAGCAAGAUUUGGAAACCUGAUAGGUGGUCGAGUUUUGUUUGGCUGAUCUGACUUCUACGCAGACCACCAAUUCCUCCUCCUCUUAUAGGGUCAGUACAGAGAAUGAGAGAGAUGGCCACCGGCUGCAGGGCAUCCGUGAAGCAGCGCGACCAAUAACCGGGACUGUCACGGCCAGAGCUGCUGAGCUAUUUUCCUCCAGAUAAAGAUCGUCCAUAGUUUGCAGGGACAUUGGCUGUUCGCACAAACCGUUCGUUUAAGGGAAGUUAUGCAGACAUCUGAGCCCUCGGAUUUCAGAAGCAGCUUCCUGAGCUGAUAGUGCCACUCGGCGUCUCGCAGCCUUGGACUUGAUCUCCAGGGGAUUUCAUGUCCUCCGGCGUCUGCCAGAGGUGGAUAGAACGUCUCCCAGAGCUGAAUAGAACUUUUGCCAGUGGUGAAUAGAACGUCUCCCUGAGGUGGGUAGAACGUCUGCGAGAGGUCACCCAGUUUACUAGAAGUUCUGUUUUGGACAGUUUUGGAUCCAAACUACACAGUGUGUGUGUGUGUGUGUGUACAGUUAUCUGCCUGUGUGCAUGAUUGUGUGUGUGCGCGAAAGUGUGUGUGUGUGUGUGUGUGUGUGUGUGUGAAAGUGUGUACGUGCUCUGCUGAGUGAGUGUGUGGAGUGCUGGGCUUCCUGAUGACCACGGAGAAUCCCAGCCAGCAUUUAGAUCCUCCAGCUCCUCUCAGAACUAGCCCCACCACGGGGUCUCUGCAGUCUGCAUUGAUGAGCCAGCCACAGCCUUCAGCCAUGGAGACCUCCUCCUCUUCAUCUUCUUCGUCUUCCAAGAACAAGAAGCCAAACUCAGGGCUCAGGCGACCAGAGAAGCCUCCUUACUCUUACAUCGCCCUCAUAGUCAUGGCCAUCCAAAGCUCCCCAACUAAAAGACUAACUCUCAGCGAGAUCUAUCAGUUCUUGCAAGCCAGGUUCCCCUUCUUCAGAGGAUCGUACCAGGGCUGGAAAAACUCUGUGAGACACAACCUCUCAUUGAACGAAUGUUUCAUUAAACUGCCCAAAGGGCUGGGGAGACCAGGAAAGGGCCACUACUGGACUAUUGACCCUGCCAGCGAGUUUAUGUUUGAGGAAGGGUCUUUCCGCCGGAGACCUAGAGGUUUCAGACGAAAAUGUCAAGCCCUGAAACCCAUGUACAGGAUGAUGAAUGGCAUAGGAUUUAGUACUUCCAUUCUGCCCCAAGGCUUUGAUUUUCAGGCCCCACCUGCUUCCCUUGCCUGUCACAGUAAUGGCUACAACUUAGAUAUGAUGACAAACUCUAUGGCUGGUGCAUACGAUGGCUUGGGUGGAGGUCACCAUGUCCCCCACAUGUCCCCUAACCCAGGCUCUACAUACAUGGCGAGCUGUCCUGUGUCGUCCAGUGGUGACUAUGGCCCUGACAGCAGCAGCAGUCCUGUGCCCUCCUCUCCUGCCAUGGCCAGUGCCAUGGAGUGCCAUUCUCCUUACACCAGCCCUACAGCCCACUGGGCAUCAUCAGGAGCCUCUUCUUACCUAAAGCAGCAAGCCAUGCCACCCAGUAACGCUGCCUCCGCAGGGAUCCACUCGGGCAUGUCUUCCUACUCUUUGGAACAAAGUUACCUCCAUCAAAAUAGUCGAGAUGACCUCUCAGGUAAUUAGAGAAAAUAAAUCUGGGGAAACUGAAAGACCACUUGUGUACUUUUGCCAUAUUUGCAGUGGUACAUUUUAUUGUAAUUUUUAUUUCUGUGCAUGUUACUAAAUUAUAUAUACAAAUGUAUAAUAUAUAUAUAUACACAUAUAUACCAUGUGUCUACGUGGGUUUCUACACAAACACAGAUCAAUGAAAUAGAUCAAUAUGGAUCUAUUCACUAAGCAGCGAGUUGUGAUAAAAUAUCCCCGAGUUUGCGAUUUUCUUGGCCAUUUUAACAGACAUUUAAAAACGGGUUUUCAAGUCCAAGCAAAUCGCUGUUCAGUAAAUACUCCCCUGAUUGUCCAGAAGUAGAUUGCCACUUGGAUGAAUCUCCAUUAAGACAAUGUCUUUACACGAAACCACUAAAACAGUAAAACCCUGUUCAACAAGUAAUACGAAUGUAUUCAGCAUGUCUGGUAUUAGCCCUCCCUUGAGAAUGGAGUUUAAGUUAAUAUAAUGUGAAACUUGCCUUGCAUAUCGACAGUAUUAUAUCUAUUCCCUCUAGAGUGUCACAUUAUGUUAUUACGGUAGCUAAUUAUUCCAAGCUCAUUAUACACUAGCUCGGCUGGGAAAGGGCUCCCUAUUUAUUAAAUUAAUGGAAUAUGGGUUUGUGAGGUUGAGUGACUGCGAACACAGGUCAUUUGUAAUUCACUGGUAAAUGGGGCUCUGGGGGAUUCUCAAUUCACCAGUUUAUCAGCCCCUAAUAUCUGACUUCUCGCCUUCCCUGAUUAGCCAUUAGAAAACAAGAGAAUCGCUUCUACAAGCAAUGAUGGAGCAAUUCAAUUAAGAAAUAAAAUACAAAUAGAAUGCACGUGGACAAAAUGAGUGAUUUAUUUUUUUACAUUAUCCAUAUGUGUUCCAGAGAUGAUUAUUUAUUCUGUCUGCUAUCCAGAAUAAUUUGAUUAUAUUUAUAAAAGUAUAUAUUUCUAACAGAUCGACACAUAUCCUUUAUAAAAUGACCUCCUCUUCCUAUAACAUUGUUAUUGUUAAAUUUCCCCCUUCUUAUAACAUUGUAAAAGCGCUGCGGAAUAUGUUGGCGCUAUAUAAAUGACAAAAAUAAUAAUAAUGCAGAUUAUAGAAUUGUAAACCUGUCCUCAAAUCUAUUGAAUUACAAAAUGUAUUGUAAUAUACCUGAUAAUUAAUUACAGACCACAUUAGUGAAAUCUAGUAUUAAAAAAAAAUCAGAAAAAAAUAAUAAAACCUUGGCAGUAUUAAAAAGCAAAGCUUAAAAUGUUAUCUAUCAGUUAAAUGAAUGAAGAUGAUUUGGGGUUUAUCCACUAAGCAAUGAAUUGCGCUGAACCCUGGAUCACAAUUCUAGAUUUGCUUGGCAAUUUGACACUUACUGCAGUUCACUAUUUAGUGAAUAAAGCUCUUUGUAUAUGAAAUAAGUGUUUUGACUUGCAACAUAUAGUAUUCUCAUUUUCCAGCGGGUUGCUAAGUUUAUCAUGUCUGUCUCAUAAAGAUACACAGUAUAAAUGACUGGAGAUGGGGGAUGUUAAACUGCACAAUAUGCUAGAAUUGUACUGGGAAAUUAGCAAAUAGGCCUUUUAAAUACGGGUCAGGGAGGUUAACUAAACAAAGACAGUCUAGGCUGGACCACACCGAAGAGGAUUUGAGCCUGACUUAACCUACAUGAGAGUGGCCUCUUGUUCAAUAUUAUGGGAAUUUGAACAUAUAAAACUGCAGAAACUCUGAGUCCUUUCCCCCAUCCUUGUUCAAAUGUCAAUCACCAGCCGUCGUGUAACGCAAUCCCUAUUAUCUAUAAAUAUACAUCCCAGGAGAACUAAUCUCUCUAACAUAAGGGCACUCCACACACUACAAGUGGUUACAAGUAAAUAAUAGAGGAAUAGUCAGAGUACAAAACUACAAUACAACAGUUGUAUAUAAAUUAUUUUGCAAUUAUUAAUCGCAUUUGUAAAGAUGCAAAGUGUUUAAUAAGUAAAAAAUAAUAAUAAUAAUAAUAAUAAUAAUAGCCAGAGGGAAAAGUUAAAAACGAGAGUGUUCUUAAUAUUCCCCCAGGUUUACAUGCUUUAAUGCUAAUUAGUUUAUAAAUUAGGAGUGUCAAUAUGAGGGGGAUAUACUGCUUUAAUAUAUUAUAAUCGAAAUAUUCACCGGCUGGGCAGAAUACUGAUUUAUUAAAUAUAGUUUACAUCAUAUAUUUAACGUUUUGUAUAUAUGUAUAACGUUUCGACAUAUGUUAGCAGUUUUUGUGAAGUCAGAAACAUCCAUUUGAUCAAUGAGACACAUUGUUAGUAAUAUAGUUGCAAGGUUAUAUUGUAUUAAUUUUAUUGCUGACAGUGGAUGUAUUGUAUAUGAAAUGCUAGAUUUGAUAAGGACAGUAUUGACCUAUGAGCUCCCUCCAUCAGAUUUCUUAACUGGAACAAUUCUUUGAGCAUUAACAGAGUUGAUUACUGCAGGAAAUCUUUCUAGAGUUGAUUGUGACAAUGGCUUUGAAAUCUUCAUUAUCCCAUUGUUUUGUGUUUCUCAAACGACCCUCUGGGGUAUUAGGACAGCCAGUGCAUGUGGAUUGCUAGUAGAUAACAUUGCACUUGGACAGCUACAUAUCGCUGAGCGAAGUUUUUUUUUUAUUACAAAUCUUUUUAUUUGAGAUAUAUGAAAUUUGGUCCAAUUUUGCCAAUCAGUUUUCGAUAUUCACCAUAAUCCCAUAUGUAAAUUAGUGGCACAAAAGUUAUGUUGUUUUUUUUAUUAUUAUUAUUAUUAUUAUUAUUUGUGGUUUAUUAUGUAAAACAUUUUAGUCAGUGAUAAGUCAAUAAUGUGAAUAGGUCCUCAUUAUUCUUAAGAAAAAUAAUUUAAUUAUACUUGGAAGUAUUUUAAUCGAACUGUUUGUGAUAGAUGAGAAACCAUUUAACAGUUAAAACUAGGAUAAAACGAAUGUUAUUAUUAUCGCUUAUUUAUUCCUUAAAUCGGUUCUCAAGUCACCAAAAUUCGCUGCUCCCAAAGUAGCAUUUAAUAUUGCAAGGACCUUGUUUUAAUGAAUCAAUAAAUAAACUUUAUUAUGCAAAAGAAAUUUGUUCCAUUUUAACUAAUUGCAAAUUGAUAUUAAAUGUAUUCUUAUUUACAAUGUAUAAAUCUAUAUCUCUCAUUCAUUAAAUUCGACUAUAUAGGAUUACACAGUAAAAUGGUUGAAUAAAAAUCUUUAGCUUAAAUCUAGCCAAUGAACGCUUUCCCUAUAAUUAGCAGAAAAGAGCCAGCUUAAGUUUAAUUAAGAGAGGAAAUAAGCUCAUUAAAGAAACAGCUUUACUGGUUACAUACACUGAUUUCACCUUAAGGAUAAGGCGAAUGAGGUGUAUUAAAAAAAUAAGUUUAUAAUGAGCUGCCUGGAAAUGCCCCAUAACCCUUGUGAAAAUACCCCCACUACCCCUAGAAGGUCCAUUUCUUCUUUAUUUUAUACAAGGAGACCCCGAGUCCCCACUAAUACAUUAAGCAGCAGAAAUCAGUCCUUAUUACAAGCUUUCAUCUCUUAUUAAAUGGAAAGUAAAUGGAGAUUAGAAGCAGACAGACUGCUUUACUGAGGCUUCAAAAUUCAUAUUUUGUCACAUCGUUAAGCCGUGGAAAUUGAUUAAAACCGGCUAUGAAACUACAUUUGGGAAGUGUUAUGUGAACUGAAGUACAGUGUAAUUAGGUGUUAGGUAUUACCAAUAAUUGUUCUUAGGAGAUUAGAAUUAACCUGGUGUAAAGUUAUGUGUUUGUAUAAAUUGGAACAGCAAGGGAGAGAUUUACUAAGAGGUGAACCGUUUUAAGGACCUUUUCUCUAUUGAUACCACUUCUCAUUAUUCUACAGAAUAAAACUCCAAUUUUACUAUCUAUGUAGGGACAUUCUAAAAUCAGAUCGAGAGCAUUCUAUAAAGACUGUCACAGUAACUGAACGUUCUAAUUUACAGAGACAAAUCAGAAAUAAUGCAAAAGAAAAGCCAUAUUUAUUUCAAUAGUGUUUUACCAGCAGCAAUACAUUGACAAGUUAAUAACAAUAAAAUAUCAAAACGAUUUCAGCACUCUGCCAUAACUGUGUUAUGUUAUAUACAGCAGUACAUUCCAAAGUUGACCCUGGUUAUUCCGCUAUAUGCAACUUUUACAAUGUACUAUAGCUAUAUUAAAUAAAUUAAUGAGGAAGUUAUAUUAUAGAAAAUAAUGCCAUUGACAUAUUAUGUGGCAGUCCUUAUAAAAAACAAUAAUGAAUGACGCCUGGAGAACUCAAAGCUGCCUUUAUUGUCCCAUAACACGCUGUCUAUUCAUCUUUUAAUUUACACGAUUUUUAAAAAUUUAAAUACGAUUUAAAAAAAUUAUAAUAUUUGUCUCCGAUCAGCUACAGUGCUAGAGGUCGGCUGUUGCUUAACACAACAGUUAUUGUAGAAUGCCAAACUCAAUAUACACACUAUCUCUAACUCCUAUCUCUGUAUUAUCAUUAUUUAUUUUAUUAUUAUUAUUAUUAUUAUUAUUAUUAUUUUAUACAUGCUUUGACUUUCAAUACAGGAAACAUACACACUGUAUAUAAUCACACUCAUACACAGAUAUAUAUAUAUACAUAUAUAUAUAUAGGUAUCUAUACACACACUGAUUUUGAGUUUUUAUUCGUGAUAUUAUGUCGUUUUUUCUGAAGAGUAUUUAUUUGGCAACGUUCUAAAUGUGGUCGCCAUGGAAACCAAAUGGAAUGUUCAUUCUGCUUGCCCCACUCUCAGAACUGUUUUUAUGUAUACUAUUAACAAAGGCACAUGUGCCAAUUAGUGAGUAUUGCUGCUAGCUGUUUAUAUCACUGCAAAGCGUUAAUACUAGGAAUUAGUUUAGUUAAUUCCUGUUAACAGGUCGAACAUCUUUAAUUUCAAUAUCAUCUGUCAAUAAAUGCAUUAAUCCUGAUUUUCUCUCUUACUGUAGGAUUACCCCGUUACCAACACCACUCCUCCCCAGUGUGCGAUCGAAAGGAUUUUGUGUUGAAUUUUAAUGGCAUAUCUUCAUUCCAUCCCUCUGCCAGUGGCUCAUAUUAUCACCAUCACCACCAUCAAAGCGUGUGCCAGGAUAUCAAGCCUUGUGUGAUGUGAGGGGAACUGUAUGAGUGAUCAUGCCUUCGUCAUCAUAACACAAUGCAGCAGACAGUAACAGGACAAUGUCUAUUGGAAACCUUUAUACACCCCAAUAAUAUUCGCAGCAACAUUGUCAUUCCACACGGGGUAACUGGGCUAUGAGAUGUUUACAGAUUAAAGGACAUCUCCUCAGUGCUGGCAAAACAAAGUGAAUAAUAAGUACUGAAACUCUUGGAUCAAAAAAGAAAAAUCUUUAAAGAUCAAUAGCAAUAAAAUAUUGCCACUUUAAUUUUUACAGAGGGGUAAUUUAAAAUGAUCAGCAAAUAGAUUUCAGUACAUGUUUGAGAAAUUGAAAUCGGAUUUUUUUGGAAGGGGAAUAAUAUUUAUGGGGAAAGGAUUAAAAAAAAAAUUCCUAUUAUUUUAUCAAGACAAAUAAAUUUGAUGGGAAAGAAUUGUAAUGUAACGUGUAAUGUAAUGUAACAAAGGCAUGAUUUCAAAGCUGCAAAAGAUCGCAAGAACAGGUACACAAUGAACUAUAUUGAUAAACUUGCUUAUAACCCACUAACCAUCAUCAGAGUUUCCCAAGAGAAUGGGUGAAUUUUGAUUUAAACAUGUAUUUUCCAUACAUAUUGAGGAAAUCGUCGCAGUUUUUUUUUUUUUCUAUUAUUGGAGAAGACCAUUUUUAAUUUGUAAAUAUUAGCUGCGAUAUUUUAAUUGGGUACAUGAGGGUAAAUGGUUAUCAUAACGAGAAAUUGUGGUGCAGGGUUCUAAAUAUGGAACUAUAAGCACGAACGUUCUAUUGGUUUCCAUGGCGACUACCCCAACAUUUAGAACUGUGCCCCCGAAUUGAUCCUUUUAAGUAACUCCCAAUACUCUCUACAAACCGUGCUGCAAAGUAAAUAUACAAUAAUUAUAUGUACUUCAGACCUUGUAAAGUUUUUUUUUAAAGUAUACUAAAUGACAAGGGUAAGCAUCUAUUUCUCCUAAAAGAAAGUAUAUUUAAAAAAAAAUAAUAAUACUGUUCCCCUAUGCAUCUCCAGCUUGGGGCUAGCAUAAAAAUAAUUGCAGGGGUGGAAAGAGAAUUAAGAAAGGCUAUUUUCAAAAACCUGCAACUAUAAAUAUAUAUAUUUUCUUACAAAGAAAACCAGACCUAAAAUGAUAGAUUUGCAAACUUGUCUCAAUUUACAAUUGUGUUUUUCAGUAAAAUCAAACUUAUUAAGAACAUUUUUGUAUAUAUUAAUGAAACAAAUGCUUUAGUAUGAAGGGGAAAAAAAACAAUGUUAUAUUUUUCUUACCACACUAGUUUUGAACAUGUGUUAUUAAACGUGUAUAACCACACUCUUCUUUUGGGGAGAGAAUAUAUUUGCACUUAUAUAUGCUUUAAAAGUUGCUCAUCUAUGGAGAUGUACAUUUCUGUUUUUAAUAAAACGUGUAUAACUAUUCCUUUAGAGAGCACAUGAUUUUUUUCUGAAUUUGGUACAAGAUUUUAUUACUGGAAAAUUCACUUUCUUGUACAAGGUUCAUAUUUUUAUGAAAUGUAAUAGUUUUUAGUUCUUAGAGUGUCCCUUUAAUGCCGUUCUGAUGCACAAAAUACUAUGCUGACCCAGUGACAAAUGAAACCUUUCUGCAUGUGGUUGAG